AUUCUUUUCGCGCUGCUACAUUCUCCGUUCGUAGCUCGCGUUCUGUUUCCUUAACCCCUCGCGCGCCGCUCCCUGCUUCGACCUUCCAUUUUUAUUUUCCCCCACUAUUCCUUGCGCGCUCGUACUUUCUCCGUUCCGCCCCGCCCCCUUCCUUUACUGAGGAAGGCGAGAGUUGGGGGGCGGUUGGACCGCCAUUUUGUUCCUCGGGCGAGUGGAAGCCGCACGCAGCGUCCAUUAGUUCACUUAGGAGCUGCCCGGGGGAUUUUGCGAGGGAAGAGAACGGGGGAGGUAAGCGGGUGGGUAGGAGGGUUAAGAAAUAGGCAUAUCUACAUAUCGGACCCUGCUUCUUUGCUCCCCCCGCUACUUCCGGGGACCGUUUUAACACGCCAUGUCUGGAGAAGCUCCCGCCGGCGACCAGGCUGCUGAAUAUGUCCCAGAAAAAGUAAAGAAAGCUGAAAAGAAACUAGAAGAGAAUCCAUAUGACCUUGACGCUUGGAGCAUUCUCAUUCGAGAGGCACAGAAUCAACCUAUAGACAAAGCACGGAAGACCUAUGAACGCCUUGUUGCCCAGUUCCCCAGUUCUGGCAGAUUCUGGAAACUGUACAUUGAAGCUGAGAUAAAAGCAAAAAAUUAUGACAAAGUAGAAAAGUUGUUUCAACGAUGCCUUAUGAAAGUCUUACACAUUGACUUGUGGAAGUGCUACCUUUCAUAUGUGCGAGAAACAAAAGGGAAGCUACCCAGUUAUAAAGAAAAAAUGGCUCAAGCAUAUGAUUUUGCUCUAGAUAAAAUUGGCAUGGAAAUAAUGUCAUAUCAGAUCUGGGUAGAUUACAUCAAUUUUUUGAAAGGCGUUGAAGCAGUAGGGUCCUACGCAGAAAACCAGAGGAUAACAGCUGUCCGCAGGGUUUAUCAGCGAGGCUGUGUGAACCCUAUGAUCAACAUUGAACAACUGUGGCGAGAUUAUAACAAGUAUGAAGAGGGAAUCAAUAUCCACUUAGCCAAAAAAAUGAUUGAAGAUCGUAGUAGAGAUUAUAUGAAUGCUAGACGUGUUGCUAAGGAGUACGAGACUGUGAUGAAAGGUCUGGACCGUAAUGCUCCCUCUGUCCCACCACAAAAUACUCCACAAGAAGCACAGCAGGUAGACAUGUGGAAAAAAUACAUUCAGUGGGAAAAGAGUAACCCUCUGCGUACGGAAGACCAAACUCUCAUUACAAAGAGAGUGAUGUUUGCAUAUGAACAAUGCCUCUUAGUAUUGGGUCAUCAUCCUGAUAUCUGGUACGAAGCUGCACAAUAUCUUGAACAAUCCAGCAAGCUGCUAGCUGAGAAAGGAGAUAUGAACAAUGCUAAACUUUUCAGUGAUGAAGCAGCAAAUAUUUAUGAAAGAGCAAUCAGCACUUUAUUAAAAAAGAAUAUGCUUCUUUAUUUUGCCUAUGCAGAUUAUGAAGAGAGUCGUAUGAAAUAUGAGAAAGUACACAGCAUAUAUAAUAGACUCUUGGCUAUUGAAGACAUUGAUCCCACUUUGGUUUAUAUUCAGUACAUGAAAUUUGCAAGGCGAGCAGAAGGUAUAAAAUCAGGCCGAAUGAUAUUUAAGAAAGCACGAGAAGAUGCCCGCACCCGCCACCAUGUUUAUGUUACAGCUGCUCUGAUGGAAUAUUAUUGCAGCAAGGACAAGUCAGUGGCUUUUAAGAUUUUUGAACUAGGCUUGAAGAAAUAUGGGGACAUUCCAGAAUAUGUCUUGGCAUAUAUUGAUUAUCUUUCUCAUUUGAAUGAGGAUAAUAAUACAAGAGUCCUGUUUGAACGCGUGUUGACCUCGGGGAGCCUGCCACCAGAAAAAUCUGGAGAAAUAUGGGCUCGGUUUUUAGCUUUUGAAAGCAAUAUUGGUGACUUGGCUAGCAUAUUAAAAGUUGAGAAACGAAGAUUUACAGCUUUCAAGGAAGAAUAUGAGGGCAAAGAAACAGCUUUGCUGGUAGACAGGUAUAAAUUCAUGGAUCUGUACCCUUGUUCUGCCAGUGAACUCAAAGCUCUUGGUUAUAAGGAUGUCUCUCGUGCAAAGCUAUCAAACAUAAUUCCAGAUCCUGUAGUGGCACCUUCAAUAGUACCUGUGCUAAAAGAUGAAGCAGACAGAAAGCCAGAAUAUCCAAAACCAGAUACUCAGCAAAUGAUUCCAUUUCAACCAAGACAUUUAGCACCUCCAGGUUUACAUCCAGUUCCUGGGGGGGUCUUUCCUGUUCCACCUGCUGCUGUAGUUCUAAUGAAACUUCUCCCACCUCCUGUGUGUUUUCAGGGUCCAUUUGUGCAAGUGGAUGAACUCAUGGAGAUUGUCAGAAGAUGCAAACUUCCAGAUUCUGUGGAUGAAGCUGUACGGAUUAUUACGGGAGGCUUGCCUGACCUUUCAAUGGAAGGGAACGGACCUUUGGAAAAUAAUGCCCUUCUCAAUAAAUCUGUCAAAAGACCAAACGAAGAUUCAGAUGAUGACGAGGAAAAAGGAUCAGUGGUUCCUCCUAUUCAUGACAUUUACAGAGCACGACAACAGAAACGAAUCCGAUGAGGCAUGUCGCAAAUUCAGUUGUGAAAAUAAAGGACUUGUAAUAUGUUGUCUUUCAACAAAUCAAAUGUUUAAAAAGAAUUGAAAGUUUCUAACAUGCAUCUUGCAACUGAGGUUGUUUUGUUACUGUGGUGCCUCUUUUUUACCAGCUGUUUUUUCA